AACUUUCGCAUCAUCGAUACAGAACCAGAGAUAGAAUUGAAUCAGUCGCAGUCGCACGGUGGCGCCCUUCCGAUUGCUCGAGCAGGACAACAUGGCGGCGCCUAUGAAUUCCCAUGUGGAGUCCAAGUCUACGCUGUUCGUGAGAAAUUUACCUUUCACGACAACCAAGGAACAGCUGGAAGGAGUUUUUAGUGAAGUUGGACCCAUUAAGAAGAGCUUUGUUGUUACAGAAAAAGGAGUGAAGGACAGAUGUAGAGGCUUUGGAUACGUCACUUUUGCAUUGAGAGAGGAUGCAGAAAAGGCUAUCAAAGCCAGACUCAUGCUUGACAAUAGAAGGCUUUUCUUGUCCUACUCGAGAAGGAAAGAACCCCGGAACAAGGGAAGAACAAAGAGAGAUCAGACCGAGGAAGAAAAAGCAGAUGAAGUAAAAACAUCGGAUGAUGUUGGCAAGACGUCAGUGGAGGCAGGGAAAAGAGCACCCAGGGGACGCAAGGUCAAACCUGACACCACGGCAAAGACCGUUGACCCCAUCAAGAGGAGACGGGAUGCAGACAAGGAUUGGACAAAGCGGGAGAAGAAGCAGAAAACUGGACAGGGAGACACGGCGAGCAAAGAGGGGCGGUUGAUCAUCAGAAAUCUUGCUUUCAGUUGCUCAGAAGAAAGAUUAGGCAAAGCCUUUGCUCGGUUUGGUGACAUCACUGAGGUACACAUACCCAGCGAUCCAACAGAUCUCAGCAAAGUUCGAGGCUACGGCUUCGUGCAAUUCAGUGCCGUGGCCUCUGCCUCCAAAGCAGUUGAAGAGAUGAACACCAAGAAGAUCAUGGGGAGACCAAUUGCAGUGGAUUGGGCAUUGUCCAGGGAGAAAUACUUGGCAGCAACAAAGACGAAUCUCGCUGGCAAACGGAAGCCACAAGAGACAGUUGAGGUAGAAGACGGUGAUGAUGAAGAUGAUGAUGGCAGUGAUGAAUCAGGCAUGGAAUCCUCCUCGGAGCUUGAGGAGACGAGAGAAGGAGGUGGCACAGAUGAAGAUGCAGACUCGGAUAGUAACCAUGACGAUGAUGAUGACACUGAUGGUGAUGACAGCGAUGGAGAAAUGGAAGAGGACAGUGACAGUGAAGACGAGGGUGUCACUUCCAAUGAGGAUGGCAAGCGGAAAAGACCUCACCAAAAUAUAGAGCAAGAGUCGGAAGCAACGAAACGGAAGAAAAUUUCAGAUGAUGUAGGCGAAGGAAGGACGGUCUUUAUAAGGAAUAUUUUGUUCGAGACCACGGAGGAAGAGAUACAUGAGCUGUUUUCAGAGUUUGGCCAGGUCAUGUACAGCAAGCUUGUGGUAGAUCCAACAACAGAACACUCUAAAGGUACAGCAUUUGUACAGUUUGCCACUAAGGAAAGUGUCGACAGAUGCUUAGAGAAAGCCAGCAAUGUAAACCAGGUACGUGUCUGUUCAAACUACAUGGAUAUCGUCCUUAUCCGACCUGGAACCAGUGCCGCACAGGGCAUGACGGAUUCUGACGUAGCCAAGAGAACCAAACUGGAGACCAUUAAGCGACUGAAGCUCAAGAACAUCAACAUCUUUGUCUCACCGACACGGCUGUCCAUCCACAACCUGCCAAAGGCAGUCGAUGACAAGACGUUGAAGAAGGCUCUAUUGACGGCAGCGAGCGACAAAAAAGCAAAAGUCAUCGAGUCUCGUGUCAUGCGUGACAUGAAGAACCCAACUUCGGAGAGUCAGAGUAAGUCACUAGGGUUUGCAUUUGCCGAGUUCACUCAACAUGAGCAUGCACUGGCAGCCCUGAGGAAGAUGAACAACAGCACAGAAUUUUUUGGCUCAAAGAGGCCUAUCGUUGGAUUUUCACUGGAGAAUCGCCUUGCACUGGAGGCUAGACAGCGAAGGAGGGAGAAAUCAUUACUCAAGGCAAGGCAGAUCCAGAGCAUGCAGAAACUGACGAACCGGGAGGAGAGGGUGAAAAAAGGCAAACAGCCGGCCCAAAAAAGGGCAACCCAGCCUGGUGGCAAGCCCAAGAAGGGCGUGGCACCUGCCCCGCCCUCCUCCAAGCUGGAGCAGCGGCUGCAGGCCAAGAGCAAGAUGACGGUGCACGUGGGAGCCAAGAAGAGGUGGCGGGACCGGGGGAAGGAACUGGAGGCCCAGCAGGAGAAGCGCAGAGCCAAGAGGAGACAGCUGCUUGGGGAGGCAGGGAGGAAGCAGAGAGAGCCAGCCAGGCCUACAGGAGAGGGUGGAACACAGAAAUCUAGGAGACACAGAAAGGGGAAGGCAGAGGACACAAAGUUUGACAAACUCGUCGCUGAUUACAAACAGAAAUUGUUCCGUCGAGAGGAAGCCGGCCAAGUGCUGAGAAAAUCCAAAUGGUUUGAUGAAGGGUGACAUUGAAGCAAGGAUAUUAGACCUUUCUUUGGUAGUGUUACAGGUUAAGUCUGUGCCAGGCAGCAAUUGACACAUUGUGGCUGACCUCGAGUACAGACUAAAUUGUGUCAUCACGAAGUUUAGAAAAACCUUACAUUGCUAUUUGAACACUAAAUGGUAAAUGAUAUGCACGAACCAAUGUACAUUAUGAGGCAAAUGCUACCAAGGGUGAAGUUUCUGGAAACGUUAGCUACCCAUACAAAAUGGCAGUCAGUGUUUGUAAACCAAAGGUCUUUACCCAUUUUGUAGCAAGUACCACGCACUGAAGCUGGUGAGUUGUGUAGACGUGCAGUCAAUUUCAGGAAACUACGCAGUGACAUAAGCGCACUUCACCACGUUGGUUUACAUACGUUGCACAAGUUAAGGGCGAUUCACCAAACGUGUAUACUAAGGCGUAACUUAUGCUAUCAUUGCAGGUGGCACAAGUUACGCCAGACAAAAUGAAAAUGAAUGAUUUUUCUGACUUAUCGUGUUCUGCUUACCAUUGCUGAAGGCUUAUACGAGAAAUGUACAGCUUUAAGAAGGUUAUGAAAAACUUGUUUGGCUGUGAGAGAACUUGGAGAUUUUCUGUCCAUUUCCAACAAAGAAAGAUGAAAACUUUUCCAAUAUGGCGGGCGGAGGUAAUUUCAACAACUGUUUGAUGACUGCUGUAUUAUUGCAAAGGAACAGCCAAUGUAAAAGCUAUUAUCGUCCUUGUCCACAAAAUUUAAUAUAAUUAAAAAAUUGCACAGCUAAGCAACUUUUUGUGAAGUGAGCCAUAAGUAUUAGUAUGGCUACAGCACAUUUGAGGUGCAAGGUUUUCGCAUGAUACAAAAUUAUGCCACAUUUCUCGAAAUCAGCUACUGAACAUCCAGUGUAAUCAUGCAACAUUAUGCUUUACUUUUGUCUGAAUAUUGGAAGUGCCUUUUUUAAAUUUCAAGUUGGCCGUCAUUUUUUUCCAUAUUUUAGUUGUCCACAUUAUGUAUGAACUUAUAUUUAUGUAAUUUUUUCUCUUUUUGUCAAACCUUUUCCCAGUGAAUAACAAUUCAGUAAUAUUGCAAAUAAUUUGCACAAGUUGCAAAUUAUAACUUUACUUUCAGGCAUAACAUCCACUUGCUGCCGGGGGACCCAUUUUCGAGCACAUAGGCUUUAUAACAUGAAGCCGGGGAGCCCGAAACCAGGACA